AACCAACUUAUUAUCAAAAUCAAUUUUACAAAAUCAAUUUUAUGCAAACUCCAGUUUGCAAACUGUAAUCCAAACAUACACUUAGUCGUUAGAGACUAUGAUUUUGAUGCCACGCUUAUUGACACGCUGGCACUUCCUAAUGCUGACGUGUCAACUAAAACCCACCUUAUUUCUCUUCCAAAUUACACGUUUUCUUGUGCACACUCUUCUCUUCUUAAAGGCUUACCAAAAGAAGUAACCGGUUUAGCUUCAUUGAGCCGUUACAAUCUCUCUCUUCCGAAUCAAAUUAGUUCGACUCUCUCGGUUCCUAACACUUUUGCGGUUUGUUUUCCUGGUUCAUCUAAAUCAACCGGAGUUGCUUUCUUUGGAUCCAAAGGACCCUACUACGCUUUUUUCCAAAAUUCCAAAAUUGACCUUUCGAAAUCACUUAUUUACACUCCACUCAUUGUGAAUCCAGACGGCAUUGGCGAUACUGUGAUUUCUUAUUCCGAUGACCCACCUUCCUAUGAGUAUUUCGUUAACCUAACUUCCAUUAGAAUCAACGGUCAAAAUGUCCCCAUCAAUGUUUCUCUAUUGAAUAUUGAUCAUGAAAACUUUUUGGGUAUUGGUGGCACCAAGUUUAGUAGUAACACUCCGUACACUCUUUUAGAAAGUUCUAUCUACAAAGCAUUUACGAAAUUGUUCAUAAAAGAGGCAAGUUCGUCUAGGUUUAACCUCACGAGAACUAGUUCAGUAAAACCUUUUAGCGUGUGCUAUGCCGCGAGAUUGGUCAAAGUGACAAGUAUAGGUCCGGAUGUGCCGACCGUUGAGCUUGAGUUGGGAGGGAAGAAGGGUGUGGUGUGGAGGAUUGUGGGUGCAAACUCAAUGGUGAGGGUUAAGAAUAAGAAAAAUAAUUUGGAUUUGUGGUGUUUGGGUUUUGUUGAUAAUGGAGUGAAUAAGAAGACAUCCAUUGUGAUUGGUGCCAAGCAACUUGAAGAGAACCUUAUGCAGUUUGAUAUUGAAUCUAACAAAUUAGGGUUCACCUCUUUGCUUACGUCUCACUCACUCAAAUGUAGUCAUUUUAAUGUCACUGAUUUUGCAAAAAAUAAUUAGAAGUUUAGAACAAGCAACGAAGUUGAUGUCCUAAUAAUGUUGAUGUCCUUUUGCUUUGUAUGUUCAAUAAGCUAAUCACUCGAGUGCUUAGUUAUUUAGUUAAGUUCUUGUAUAGUAGUAGUAGUAGUACUACUACUGUAUUAUAUUGUUUUCAUAAUGCUUGUAAUAAUCCUAAUGUCUUGGAAUUGAAGCAACUCUUGUUUUAUUUUAG